AUGCGGCGCUGCCGCCCGUCCUGCAAAUCCACAAAUUCAAACCGCAUUUACCGCCUUCGCAAAGCUCGCCGCUUGUGUUUCGUUCAGGUCGUUUACGCUCGUGAAGAGUGUGUCGUUGAGCUUGAACUCGAUAACGUUGGCCUUGCGGGCGAUGAUGCGCCUGAACCUGAAUCCCAUGUAGGCGAGCGCCGCAUGCAGAAUCGCCAUGGCAAUCAACCCGGUCCCCGUCACGAAGAACGUGCUUGCCAGGUUGUCUUCCACUCUGAACUGCUUCCCGAUGUACACGGCCUUGCCGAAGUGCACUCCCGACAGCACCAGUGA